AUGUCUCGAAACGUGCAACAUACCCAUUUCAGCAUUGUGUUUUCAAAUACUCAACGCGCGAGAAGCGAUCAGCUAUUUGCAUCUGGAUGUCUAACCAAGGUUGUUGUUCAUUUUCCCGAUCCUCGGCAGCCAACACGUUAUUGCUCAACACUCGAACGACAAUGGAAGACGACCGAUAACGACCAUGAUGAUACCCGGAUAGUAUUCAAAGGAACGAUCCAUUGCCUUGACUAUCAAACGUUGGAGGCAAUCCAGGCACGCUUAUCCACCGAUCUCACAUUGUCAACCCACCUAUUGUGCAGCACAUUUGAUCUAUCACUGACAAAGACACCUUUUGCGAUGGUAAUUGAUAUGGCGCUCAGUGAUGAAUAUUUGAAUCGAGGAUGUCGUCUCUCCAAUCUAUCAUGGUCGCGAAGAAUGUGGGCUGUGGCGUCGCGUGCCAAUCUCCUUGCUUUUACAAGUGUCUUUUACAGCGUGUUGGGAGGAGCAUACAGUUCAUUAAGCAAAGCCAAUGCAAACUAUGCAUACAAAGCUGGAUCGCUGGCAUAUCAACAAAUCAAGUUGGCUCAAUGGCUCAAGGACCCUAUUCUCGAAUCCAAAUGCUGGCUUUACUUUGCGGAGGACUUGAUUCAAUUGGGACGUUUCAGGAGAGCAGACAAGAUUAUAGCUCGACAGUGGCGGUUUGCACAUGCCCUGAAUGAUCGUAUUUUGUUAACCAUGUGUGAAUCGGUACAAGCAAAAAGGAUAGCAGCAGUAGCAGCAGCAUUGAAUGACAGCUCAUGUGUUGGAUAA